UGUUACAGCUGGAAAGUUAUGAAGCUGAAAUCCCUUCUCUUUCCGUGUCUUCGUUUCUCGUUUUCUAAAUGAAAUGUCAAUUUCUAAAAUUGUACGUAUCCUUAUUAAGCCAACGACCGAAUUUGUUGCUUGUUCUGUCACCAAUACUAUCAAACAAAAAAAAAUUACAGAAUUCAAGGAAGAAAAUCAAAGCCAGAGACUAUUGCAAUUUCAACGUUUGCAUUUCAUCAAACACCUAACCUGCAUCCCCUAUUUUCCUCUCAUGAUCGUCCCUACAAUCUUCAUCUCUGCAACAUUUUGGAUUCUAAGGUUUCCAUGUGUUUAAACCCUUAAAGGUUAGAUGAAAAAAAUGGGAGACCAUUCGCCAGAAAGAAAAGUAGGCUGUGGAUUGAUAACAAACGUAUUUGGAUUCGGACGACAUAGUAUAUGGCCGAGGAAAACAUCAUCUGCGAAUUCUCUUCCCUUACCAAGCAAUGCUGCAAAUGAUCAAAAACGACGUCGAAGUGCUUCUAACGAGGUUGUUUACGUCGAUCCACCUUCGCGCAAUACUUCGACUCCGAGGUCUGUUUCAAAGCCUACUUGUGCAUCAAAUAAUAAUACUACUAAUAAUAAUAAUAAUAAUCCGCCGAGAAGAAACCAACACCAAACAACAAUGGCAAUGCCACGCGUUGUUCCUGUUCAUGUUCCGUCUAAGGCUUCAAUUUCACCAUCUACUCAGGGGUAUGUUAAUCAAGGAAGGAGGGUACAAAAGGAAGCUAUUGGAAUUUCAGGUGAGUUAGAAAGUAUGAUCAAUGAUCAUCAAAAGUCGAAGGGGAGUGGUAAUCUCGUUCGCGCUUCUUCUGGCAAUGUUAUGUUGUUUGGGAAUUUAGGUAAUAUUAGGCAAGGAGAUAAAAAUGAUAGUUAUUCAAUUGCAAUGGAUAAUUAUAACCAGUAUUUUGAAAAUUCAAAUUCAAAUGGAGGAGGAGGAGGACACAAGAAGAAGAAUGUGGUGAGUAUUAGUAAUGAGACGAAACCACCAAUGAAUUCAGGUGGUGGUUCGCUUUGUAGGGCUAUAUCGACUAGAAUGGAUCCAGAACAAUUGAAGAUAAUGGGGAAUGAGGAUUAUAAGAAUGGAAGAUUUGCGGAGGCGUUAGCGUUGUAUGAUGCAGCUAUUUCAAUCGAUCCUAAGAAGGCUUCGUAUAGAAGUAAUAGAAGUGCGGCCUUAACUGGUCUUGGUAGGCUUCUUGAAGCUGUGUUUGAAUGUAGGGAAGCUAUUCAGAUUGAUCCUCAUUAUCAUCGAGCUCAUCAUCGUUUAGGAAAUUUGCAUUUAAGACUAGGAGAAACUGAUAAGGCUCUAUAUCAUUAUAAACAAGCGGGACCAGAGGCUGAUCCGGAUGAGGUUGCUAAAGUGAAGAUUCUUCAAGCUCAUCUAAAUAAAUGCACUGAGGCUCGCAGGUUAGGAGAUUGGAACACACUCAUUACCGAGGCUUCCAACACUAUAUCAUCUGGUGCAGAUUCUGCUCCACAGAUAUUUGCAUUGCAAGCCGAAGCUUUGAUAAAACUCCGUAGGCAUCAUGAUGCUGACAAUGUAAUGUCAAAGGGUCCUAAUUUUGAUGUUGACGAUUGUACAAAGUUCUUCGGACCAAUUGGUAAUGCAAAUUUGUUAGUCACUCGCGCUCAAGUUGAUCUGGCUGCUGGCAGAUUUGAUGAUGCUUUAGAGGCAGCACAGAAAGCAGCAAGGCUAGAUUCAAACAACAAGGCAGCAAUGAAGGUGUUGAGAAAGGCUCGAGCCGUGACAGCUGCAAGAGGCAGAGGAAACGACCUUUUCAAGGCGUCGAAAUUCUCUGAGGCUUGUAUUGCAUAUGGAGAAGGGCUUGAGAAUGAUCCAUGUAACGCAGUUUUACUAUGCAAUCGGGCAGCUUGUAGAUUAAAACUCGGCCAAUUAGAGAAAGCGGUGGAAGAUUGUUGUGCGGCGCUUAGCUUGCGCCCAUCUUACACCAAAGCAAGGAUGAGAAGAGCUGAUUGUAAUGCUAAGUUGGAAAGAUGGGAAGCUUCAAUAGCAGACUAUGAGAUCUUGUUAAGAGGGACACCAGAAGACGAGGAAGUAAAUCGGGCAUUGUUGGAGGCUCGUGUACAACUUAAGAAACAAAGAGGUGGAUGAACGACAUGGCAAUAUAUAAAUAGAAAGGAUCAAAGAUCCGUGAAGAUACGAAUGCAAUAAACAUCUGCAAGUAUGACAAGCUUCGUUUCUGAGGGAGAAAAGAGCAUUUUUUGCGCACUGGCGAUUGAAGAAAAACACACAUGAAAAUAUGAUCGAUUCUUUCCAAAAAAGGUAAGUAUGGUGUUCGGAGCCCAAAAAUGAAAUUCACUUCAGAACAUUUCAGAUGGAAAAAAUCUGUUUUGAGGCUAAAGGAAUUAAAGUUACAUGUUAGUUAUGUAUAGUAGAAGUAGUAGCAUUGGCAGUUGGUAUGCUGUGUUUCGUUUAUUCUUUUUAUUUUUCUGUUUCUUUUAAUGUACUUACUUGUUUAUGAAGGAUUUCAACUGUGUAUAUUAGAUUUGUUCAUAUUAACACUUGACAGGUUAGCAAGUAUUCAGGUUUUCUUGUCUUUUUCUUUGGCAUUAUGUCAUCUCAGACGUCUUCUCCAUAUAUUGUUAUUCAAUGUCAAACUGCUUGUUAGAUCU